AUACAUUCAUUGCCAAUUUCAGUUUUUCUGUGAACGCGUGGAAUUGUUUUGUGAAAAAUUCGAUUUUCCGUAUCUAAAUUGCGCGCAAAUAAAACCAAAAUAAAUGCAGUGGUUGGUGGAAAGUUUGAAAUUAAAAUAUGAAUCAAAAGGGAGCGCGAGAACAAAAUGAAACAUCGAUAAUAAGGAAUCUGCCAAAGCGACUGCAAAAGAGGAUCGUUGAAGAUGUUGGCGAAAACACAUUGGUGACUGUUGUUGAAGACAAUAGGCAUAAUUGUAGCGCACAACCUUCAACAUCCAAUGGAGGCGUUAACGUUUAUGUGAACAAAUAUGAUGGAUAUGAUAAGGUGCCUACGCGAUUACUGCAAAAGGAAGAUGCGUCAAGGAGGGCCAACCAAAAAGAGAAUGGAGCAACAGAGGUUACGCGCAUUAAUUUUUUCUUGAAGAAUGCACCUAAUGACAGUGCUCUAAAUAAAAACAACACCAAAAAAGUAACUGAACCCGUUUUGGAAACCAGCGGAAAGUCAGUUGUUAAUAAUGGCGUUAGUAUGAAAGGUGGACACAGUGGUUUGAGUAAUGCUUCGAUACCAGGAAUUUUACGUUUAAAUGAAUCAAAGCAAGUAGUUGACAUGGAAAAAAACAAUUUGAACGAGAAAAAUUUAAUGAAAAAUAGUGGCAGAAGGCCAGCAGCACGUAAUAAGCGAGUCACUCAAGAUAACCCUUCAACGAAAUCACCCUCGCGUCAGCUACAACGACAAUCCAAACAGCCACUUUGGUUUGAAAUGCUUGCUGAUAUACCAUAUGCACAGUCACUAUCAAAAUAUUACGAAAAAAUUACGUCAAUGAUGCAUUACAAUGUUGUAGUAGAGCAAUGGUGUCAGUUUGCUGAGGCGCGUAAUGAACUUCAAACUAUAUUUGCAAAACUAUUGCUGCAACAACUUAAAUUAUGCUGUGAACAAAAAAUUGAUACGUUCUUUUGGAAACUACUUUAUUACAAUGUACGAGAAUACUUUACAAAAAAUAACAAUAGCAAAUCAAAUACUAAUGAAAUGCACAACAAAUUGCUCAUAAUAAUUGAUGAAGGUCUAGAAUUCUACACUGAUUUGCACACAAAGCUUAGUGCGAAAUAUAUAAACCCCUAUCAACAAGCCUCAAACAUUAGUUCAUCUGAAAAAUUACCAGAACCACGUUCAACGCACAAAUUUGAAUUUAUUGCCAAAGUAGCUGCUCAAAAGUUACUUAUUUGUUUGGGUGAUCUCUGUCGCUACAAAACCAAAGAACUACAAUCAAAUGAUUACACCGAUGCAGCCAAGUAUUACCAGCAAGCACAAGUACUGAUACCCACAAAUGGUAUACCAUACAAUCAAUUAGCUAUCGUAUCCAUACAUGCGCGUAAGAAAUUCGACGCCGUUUAUUAUCAUAUGCGCAGCUUAUUGUCUUCCAACGCUAUAUAUUCAGCACGUGAGAGCCUCUUAGUGUUAUUCGACGAAAUACGUAAGAAGUAUGAAGAGAAUGAGCUGAAAGCUUCACCUCUGCAUCAGAGCAGUCCAAGAUGCAAUAAUACUAGAGCUUCCAAAUCAAUGCGUAAAGAAGUAUGGAUACAUGUAGAUGGUGUACGAAGAUUGCAUCGCACCUCCGAAUCUGACAGUGGUCGCAGUAAAAGGGCUAUAUUAAAAGAAGAACAAGGUUUUAAACAGCUGAACGAUGAAGAGCUGAUUCGCCGUUUCACAUCGCUAUAUUUGUAUAUUAUUGGGAAAUUAUAUACUGGCAUAGGUAUGGAGUCUGUAGUUGCGCACCAACGUAAACUUUUGGCGGAGCUAAGUGUUCUGCUCAGUCGCAGCCCAUUUCCAAUUAAACGAUCUCGCCUACUGAAAAUAGUGGCUUUAAACAUUUUUAUUCUAGAGCAUAAUAUGCAUAAGGAAUCACGACGAGAAAUUCGUUACUAUGCAUUUAAUUUUUGUAACCAAAUAUUUGGUUUGCUGCUACGCAAGUGUAAUCAAUUAUUCGAAACGUUUGAGGAUAAAUUAUUGGACCACGAAGAUCUAAGUUUUAUUGAACUCAACACCUUGCUACAGUACAUAAAUAUUUAUACGGACUGGUUGACGCGCAACGUCGCUAUUUGGGAGCCAGUGCGCAAUGAAGAACAUAUCAUUAUGAAUAGCUGGGCGGAAUGGGAAAGUUUUUAUCAAGUGCUCAAACGCUUAAUCGAUGAUAAAUCGAUAAAUAACGUGCCAAUCGAUUCGCUCGAUGAAGAGGUCUACUUAUCAGGCUUUACACCGUUAAUGCCUUCCACUAACAACAGCAAUGCGUGCAAAUGUUUGCCCGUGAAAUCCAUUUGUAGUGAAAGUGAGCAAUUUUUUGCACGUUUACAGAAAAUUCAAAACUUCCAAGAGAAUUAUGAAAGUAAUCAAGCCAACCUGCAUACGCAUGAAGACUCAUUUACAAUAGAAGAGUUAAACGGCGCUAUGGAGAAUGUGCUCAGCAGUUGGCAGAGUGACGAAGAUGAUAAUAGUGAAAAUAUUGUUGUGAACGGCGCAAACUCUGAAAGAUUCAUAAAAGAUGCGAAUGCAACUGACGGUGUUGAGGAUGCACAAAUUUCACAAUUAUCAAAGCGGAGAAAGGAGCUAGAGGCACGAACGAAUGUAAAGAAAAUGUAUAACGCAAAAUUAGAGGAAAUACUCAAAUUUUUAGAUACAAAAGUCUAUAUAGAAGUGCGUCCCAAAUAUCUUAUGCCCGAUACAAACUGCUUUAUUGACUGUCUGGACGAUUUUGUGAAUCUUAUUAACGAGCAUAAGCGUUACAUACUCGUUAUACCACUGACUGUUGUCAAAGAGUUAGAUGGCCUCUAUAAAGGCGUCAAAGUGGAGUCUUAUCAGGAUUCUACACAAAAGAAUCGCAUACAUCACUAUGACGAUGUUUCCACAUGCGCUAAACGCUCACUGGAUUUCAUAAUGAGCGCAAAAAAUAACGUCAAGUGUGCCACUACGAAAGGUUCAUUUAUAAAUGCAUCAUUAUUUGCUUUGGCCGAAGAGGAAUUUAUGUCAAAUGAUGAUAAAAUUUUAUCAACUGCAUUAUCACUUUCGAAAACAAUGAGCACUGAAACCAAUAGCGACGGCAAAUAUUUCAUACAAACCGAAUUGGUACUAAUCACAACGGAUCGCAAUUUGCGUGUUAAAGCUUUGGCGCGCAACUUGGCUGUUAGUGAAAUGGCUGAAUUUCUGCAAUGGGUCAAGGACUGUAAUACCUAACAUUAUGUAAUAAAAAAAACGACGGGUUUUAUUUACAUCACACUCAUACAUGCAUAAUGUGUGCAUGGAGAGUGCGCUAGCUGGUGAGCCGGACCUAAUUACAGGUGUGCUUGUAUUGUUGAAAAUGCAUAAAAUUAAAUCAACAUAAUAAAAAAAAAAACGGCGCACGUCGACGCAUAUAACAGCUGACUUAACAUUUUUAUAGUAUGCAUACAUACUUACCAUAUAUACAUAUAUAUGUAUAUAAAAGGUUUAGUGCAUGCAUAUACAUAUACGUAUAUGUAUUUGUACAACUCAAUGCUGUUAUACAUAUACUUAUACUUAUACUUGGAAUAUCUAUUUGUAAAUUUGUAACAAAAUCUUAUACAUUCUUUUCUUGUUGAAAUAAUCUGAUUGGUUAUAUACACAUAUAUAUAUAUAUUUACUUCUAUUUUUCAUUAAUGAGUGUACAACCAUUGGGGUUUGGGUAAACUUUUAUACCACAAUUUCUGUGUGAAUUUUUUAUUAUACUUCCAAUAAAUGCGAUUUUGCUAAAAGAAAAA